AUGACCGAGGAUGAGCUGUUCAUGCGGGACGCCGUGCGGCUCGCGCGGCACGCCCUGGACCACGGCGAGACGCCCGUCGCGUGCGUGUUUGUGUCGCGGGCGCUGCGAGAGGUCGUCGCCUUCGGGGUGAACGCCACGAGCAGGGACCACUGCGGGACGGCGCACGCGGAGUUGCAGGCGAUCAGGCAGUGGCAGGAGCGGUGGGGGGGCAGCGGUGGUGCCAGUGGCGGUACCGGGGGCGAAGCCACUGGCACUGGCGUCCCCGGCAGUUUCUCCGAUCUCUGCGUCUACGUCACCGUCGAGCCCUGCGUCAUGUGCGCCUCCGCACUGCGGCAAAUCGGAGUCUCGAAAGUGUACUUCGGCUGUGCGAACGACCGGUUCGGCGGGAACGGUACCGUCCUGUCGCUAAACUCCCCGCAGUCCCGGUCCCUGGGCGCAACCCCGCCCUACGCGGCUGUGCCCGGCCUGUUCCGGCGCGAGGCGAUCAUGUUGCUGCGGUACUUCUACGUUAGAGAGAACGACAAGGCCCCGCAGGCGCGAUCUAAGGGGAACAGGGACAUCAACACUAGGGAUUUCCCACCGUUGCACUGGGGGCGGUACAUUGGUCGCGAGGAGUUUGGUAGAGAGUUUGGCUCAAGGGAACUACACAGGUACGAUGACGAUCUCGAUCUUGCUGGUGAUGGGGUUGCGGACCACGGUAUCGACUGGACACUCAUAGACUCGAGGCACGACCGCAUUGUGGAUGCUCUUACCGAGCGCCUCGACACCCUGGAACGCAGCGGUAGGUACCAUUUUGGGAAAAAACGUAAGAUUGCCGCAGAAAGCAAUAUAAUAACUUGA